AUGGCAAACCCGCCCGCUGUCUUCAAGACUGCCGGAGGCAAUGCAGCCUUCCACAACUUCCACAACGACUAUGCUCACAUUGCCGACCCCAAUGAGCGUCGUCGUCUCGCUCUCGCCGAGGUGGACAAGGCCCCAUUCGGCUGGUAUCACGUUCGUGCCAUUGUCGUAGCUGGUAUCGGUUUCUUCACGGACGCUUACGAUAUCUUCGCCAUCAACUUGGUCACGCAGAUGUUGGGUGUUGUUUACUGGCACAACGCAACGAGCGGUCCUGGUACCAUCCCUACCAAUGCGGACACCGCCAUUAAAGUUGCUACCUCUGCCGGAACCGUCGUCGGUCAGGUUGGAUUCGGUAUUCUUGCUGAUAUCGUUGGUCGCAAGAAGAUGUACGGCCUCGAGCUGAUCCUAAUCAUCUUUGCAACUGUUGCCCAAGCCCUGUCCUCUGCCUCUCGCGCUAUCUCUGUAGUCGGGAUUAUUAUUUUCUGGCGUGUUCUUAUGGGUAUUGGUAUCGGUGGUGACUAUCCUUUGUCUUCAGUCAUCACCUCCGAAUUCGCUACCACGAAAUGGAGAGGCGCCAUGAUGGGCUCCGUUUUUGCCAUGCAGGGUAUUGGCCAAUUCACCGCCGCCAUCAUUUCUCUCAUUGUCACCGUCGGCUUCAAGCAAUCGCUUCUGUCUGCCACAUCUGUGGCUACUUGCGACGGCGUCUGUGGCUUGGCUGUUGACAAAAUGUGGCGGGUUGUUAUCGGGUUUGGUGCUGUUCCCGGUUGCAUUGCCCUCUACUACCGUCUCACCAUCCCAGAGACUCCUCGCUACACCUUUGAUGUACAGCGCGAUGUUGUCCAGGCUGGCUCUGACGUUAAGGCUUACUUCGCCGGUGUUGCUCAUGGCAACCCCGACGAGAUCACCCGCAUUCAGGCCAAGACUGACGACGCUGCUCACCUUGAGGUGCCCAAGGCCGGCUUCAAAGACUUCAUCCACCACUACUCCAAGUGGAAAUACGCCAAGAUCCUCAUCGGUACCGCUGGUUCUUGGUUCCUGCUCGAUGUGGCCUUCUAUGGCCUCGGUCUCAAUAACACUGUUAUCUUGCAGCAGAUCGGCUAUGCCAGUAGCACACAACCGUAUACCCGCUUUUACAACGCCUCCGUGGGUAACUUGAUCCUCGUCUGCGCUGGUGCUAUCCCUGGAUACUGGGUUACCGUAGCUACGGUUGACACUGUCGGCCGCAAGCCAAUCCAACUCAUGGGCUUCAUUAUUCUGACCAUCCUCUUCUGCAUCAUUGGAUUUGCUUACCACAAGCUCUCUGGUGGCGCACUCCUCGCCCUAUACGUCCUCUCCCAGUUCUUUUUCAAUUUUGGCCCCAACGCAACAACUUUCAUCGUUCCCGGCGAGUGCUUUCCUACUCGCUACCGUUCCACCUCCCAUGGUAUUUCGGCUGCCUCAGGUAAGGUCGGUGCCAUCAUCGCCCAAGUCCUCAUCGGCCCUCUGCGCACUCGUGGCUCACCACCACCCCACACGGCAUCGCCAUGGCUCAAUCACGUCAUGGAGAUAUACGCCCUCUUUAUGUUCCUCGGUAUCUUCACCACAUUUCUCAUUCCCGAAACGAAGCGGAAGACGCUCGAGCAACUUGCUGGAGAGGUGCCAGGCACCCCAGAGUUUGACCCAGACAACCUUCGUAGCGUAGAGCCAAAGCGAACAAGUUCUGAUGGCGAGCCGAACAACGGCUUGGGCGAGAAGAACGUAUAAGGAGGAUGUGGCGGGCAGUAAGUUUUUUCGUUGUAAUGACUGAAUGGGUUGUGGUGUUAAAAGAUACCCUCUGUCGUUAAAGCUGUGUUGAUGCGCAUUGCUUGUGAUAUUGCGGCGUAGAUUAGAUCGUAAUGUCAAGAUUGUGAUUGCAUGUGACGGGUCCUCGUGAUUCAUCUACAUUUCUGGUUCGUGACAAUAAGGCAUGUCGAUGGCAUCUCAGGCAGUGAAUUGAUGUAACUCUGGAACAACGUGUUAACCGUUCCAUCUGUCUGAUUCCAACUAAACAGCCACCUCAAAACUCC